AAGCUCGAGUAGUUCAUGAGUAUGCAUGCAGCUGAGGCUCCAGGAAGGGCCGAGGGGAGGGCCGCGCGAGGGUCGCCGCCGCCCGCGAGCCGCAGGAGGACCGGCGGCGCGGGCGACGAGUCGCGAGUCGUACGCCGAGGCACACACACGCAAUUGCAUUCCUUCUGCAUUUUCUCUCGAAGUCAUGGCUCUUCCAAAGAAGUUUACUGUUGGCCCAGUUUUCUCACAAGAGGCAGACUAUGGGUCAGAGAGAGGAAUGUUGCGUCGUGCACCAACCUCAACUACUGCUCAUCCACUAGAGGAAUCUGAGCGAAUGUUUGAUAAGCAUCAGGAAGAACAAAAGAUGCGGAGUGCCAGAAAUCAGUUUGGCAUUGGUUUUGUAGCACACAUGCACCAUGAGAGAGCAGCAGCCAGCUGCCCCUCUAUUGGUCACUUGGGUUUUCUUCCACGCUCCAAUGCCCAUAGCCAAGCUUUGACAGGGCGUGACCUCCUGUGUGACUUCAAUGAUACACUAGGUCUAGAACCAGAGAUAACUACUACACCCCACAGUGUGAUGGAGAAGCUUCAGUUGAAAUCUAAUUUCAGAGUAUAGGAACAUACCAUACUGUGUUGAAAGGUUGCCCUUUGCUGUUUAGUUCUUUUCCGCAUUUAUAAGUUUCCAGUGGGAAAAUUAUUGUAUCACAUACCAUUAUUGGAAGAGAAGUGAAGUGAAUUAAGCUUGUUUGUCUAAUUAUAUUAUUUUUAAAAGUAAAGAUUGUGAAAUUAUGGAACUUUGAUAUCAGUAUACAAAUAAAAAUAUAACCAAGGUC